GAAGAGUGGUACCACCCCAAAAACCCCAAAAGAAAAUAAAGUCCAGAUCUCACCGGGAGCGUCCCUUUUCCCCCCCGGUGGUUUCCUCCAUGGACUGUCGUCGUCCUUCUGCACCGGGCGGCGUUCCCUCGGUGCACCCUCCGGUCCAGGCUUCCGGGCCCGAUCUGUGGCGCUGGGACGAACCUUAAUCGAUGUUUUAUCUUUUUGUUACUUUUCUUUGGUUUAAACAGACACUAAGGAUAAGGCCAAAACUCCCGCUGCACAGAUCGACACAUGAGCGUCUUUCUUACAGAUUGCGCCGCGCCUUCUGGCGCACACGCCCCCUUUUUAUCUCUAAUUCCCACACACCUGGCCCCAAACAUGAUUUACCCAACAUCAGUUUAACAGUGGAACUUCGACAUUUUUUUCUUAUGUUUUUAUUUAUAAUGAAAUCCACAACUGUUCCACUAGACAGCUUGGCAUUUUUAACAUUUAUUAUAUUUGCUGAGAAAAACAAAACAUAGUGGUUAUGUUACAACAGCAAUGAUAGCCCCGGCGUUAGCACUAGCAUGUUGGAAAAGCAGACGUCCCUGCUGUCAGUGUUUCUGCUGACACAUGCACAGGUCUAUGCAUGUUUGGCCUCCUCUUCCUGGAAUCAAGCACAUUUUGAAGAAGGGUGGAGGCAGCAGCUACUGAAGAAAAAAACGCUGAUUGGCUGCAGCUUCCCUGCACUGACACGUGAUUGGUGAAUCAGAGCUCAAACUAGUUUCUGUUCUCAGGAAAUUAAACUAACAGUCACUGUGGCAGAAAGGAGAAUGGCGCAGCAGGGAGUUCAUGUGGACCGAGAAACUUUCUCCUGUUUCAUCUGUCUGGAUCUACUGAAGGAUCCGGUGACGAUUCCCUGUGGACACAGCUACUGCAUGAACUGUAUUAAAAGCUUCUGGGAUGGAGAGGAUCAAAAAAGAAUCCACAGCUGCCCUCAGUGCAGGAAAACCUUCAAACCGCGGCCGAUCCAGGAGAAGAGCACCGUCCUAGCAGCUUUAGUGGAGCAGCUGAAGAAAACUGGACUCCAAGCUGCUCCUGCUGACCACCGCUAUGCUGGACCUGAAGAUGUGGCCUGUGAUAUCUGCCCUGGGGGGGAGGUGAAAGCCAUCGAGUCCUGUUUGUUCUGCCUCAUGUCUUUCUGUGAGAAACACCUUCAGCCUCAUUAUGAUUCAAAUACUUUAAAGGAACACAAGCUGGUGGAGCCAAACAAGAACCUCCAGAAGAACGUCUGCUCUCGUCAUAAUCAGUUGUUGGAGAUUUUCUGCCGUACUGAUCAGAAGUUUAUCUGUUAUCUCUGCUCUGUGGAUGAACAUAAGGGUCAUGACACAGUGUCAGCUGCAGCAGAAAGGACUGAGAGGCAAAGAGAGCUGGAGGAGAGACGAGGAAACAUCCAGCAGAGAAUCCAGGACAGAGAGAAAGAUGUGAAGCUGCUUCAACAGGAGGUGGAGGCCAUCAAUCACUCUGCUGAUAAAACAGUGGAGGACAGUAAGGAGAUCUUCACUGAGUUGAUCCGUCUCCUCAGGAAAAGAAGCUCUGAGGUGAAGCAGCAGAUCAGAUCCCAGCAGGAAACUGAAGUGAUUCGGGUCAAAGAUGUUGAGAAGAAGCUGCAGCAGGAGAUCACUGAGCUGAAGAGGAAAGACGCUGAGCUGGAGCAGCUCUCACACACAGAGGAUCACAACCAGUUUCUCCUCAACUACCCCUCACUGCCAGCACUCAGUGAGUCCACACUCUCAUCCAGCAUCAGCAUCCGUCCUCUGAGACACUUUGAGGACGUGGCAGCAGCUGUGUCACACCUCAGAGACAUAAUGAUGGACAUCCUGAGAGACUCAUGGACAAACAUCUCACUGAUGGACACAGAAGAUGAUUUAAUAACAGAACCAGAACCAAUAACCAGAGAUGGAUUCUUAAAAUAUUCAUAUGAAAUCACUCUGGAUCCAAAUACAGCAAACACACAGCUGGGGCUCUCAGAGGGGAACAGGAAGACGACACUGAUGGACCAACUUCAGUCUCUUUCUAGUCACCCUGACAGAUUCACUGAUGAGCCUCAGGUUCUGAGCAGCCAGCGUCUGACUGGACGGCGUUACUGGGAGGUGGACUGGAGCGGGAAACUGGUUCGUGUUGCAGUCGCUUACAAGAGUACCAGCAGAGCAGGAAGGUGGAAUAAAUCUUUAUUUGGAAGUAACAACAAAUCCUGGGCAUUAAUUUGUUCCCAAAAAGGUUUUCAGUUUUCUCACAAUGACAUCUGGGAAUCCAUCUCAGGUCCGGUUUCCUCCAGAGUGGGAGUGGACCUGGACCACAAAGCAGGUACCCUGUCCUUCUACAGAGUCUCUGAAUCCAUGACUCUGAUCCACAGAGUCCAGACCAGAUUCACUGAGCCGCUGCAUGCUGGGGUUUAUGUAGGGGAGGUUUGGGAUUCUGCACAGUUCUGUAAACCCAGAUCGAUUUCCUCUCCUCUCUGAUUAUUGAUCAGGGUUCAUUGAUCUGAUGCUUCAGCUCUGCUGUUCAGAUUUUUUCUGUUUAAAUGCAUUUCUCUCUGUUUUCUUUCAUUCUUUAAUGACUCUAAAACAAAAUGUAAACUUCUUUAUCUCUGAUAUUUUGAUGUAUUUAGAUGUUCUGGUUUCUCUUCCACUGUUCUGCAGAACAAAUAUUGUUCUUGUUUAAAUCAGUUGAGAUUGUAAUGAACUGAACUUGCUUCUGUUUUCCUCACUAUAAUAAAAGAAACUGGAAUCAACAUCAAACUAUGAAGUGAUGCUGUUUUUCCAUGUAGAAAAACUGUUGUGUGUUUUUGCCUUCAGUAAAACAUCUUGAUGACUCAGAAAUGCUGACGGUUUUCUCUUCAUUGUGAUUUGCACUGACAUGUCCACACAGUCUGCAGGCGCUGAUUCAACACUCAUCACUUCUCAAGGUUUCAAUAGAGAACAAAAUGUGAUCUGGCGACUAAUCUACAAGAUUUGAUAAUAUUUCAGAAACAGUUAUUUUAG